AUGGAUCCAUGUGACCCAAUCAUCAAGCUAGUUUUUCAGAAUCCCACUGGUGGUACUGUGAAUCUUAAUGUUCAUCAAGGGGUACUUUGCAAAACUUCAGAGUUCUUCCGAAAAGCGAUAGAUCUAAAACAGGCCAGCUUGAGCAAGGAUCUAACCAGCAUAAACCUUUCUGAUGAAGAUCUGGAUACGGUCAAGAAAUAUAUCAAAUGGCUCUACACCAAUGAAUUCCCGAUUGAGUUGUACAAAUCAAACCAAGGCAUGAAUGAUGAAGAGGCCAAGGCAGCAGAUGGCGACACAGCGGAGAAAGUCUUCAUCUUCCUUGCAAAAGCAUACGUCUUUGGAGAACAAUUCAGGGAUACAAAGUACAAGAAUGCGGUUCUUAGAAACAUGUUUAAAGCUCUUAAGACAUGUCCGUGGCAGCCCGGGCCAGAGAGUGUGAAGAUUAUCUACAAAGGCACUCCACCCAAUUCUCCACUUCGGCGUUUGAUCGCUACAGACAUUGCGUACAUGCUUUGCGAAUGCUCUACGGAAAACGACAGUCUCGACUUUUUCGAUGCAUAUCCCAGACGAGCACUCGCAGAUGCAUUGAAAACCACGAUUAGAACGCGCGGCCUACCAGACGACGACCUUCCUACGAUCGAGUCGUUUCUUCAUGACGAGAGUUCGCAAGAUACCUCUAUGCAGGAACCAGGAUGCUAG